AUGCCCCCUUCCAUUCCAGCUGCCUGCAAAGCAGGCUGUGUCGUCAACCCUGGUCCAUAUUUCAGUGUCGUGGUUGAGGAAGUGGCAGUUCCGGAGCCAGGCCCGGAUGAGCUACUUCUACGAAUGAGCACAACGGGGCUCUGCCAUAGCGACAUCUCUUACAUGAGCACUCCAUUCAUGUCCGCAAAGAUGACCCAGGCUGGUGUGCGGUCACCAGGCCACGAGGGUGUCGGUGUAGUCGUCAAAGUGGGCUCUGCAGUCACUGACUGGAAAAUUGGUGAUCGAGGCGGUGUCAAACCGGUUUGGAGAGUUUGCUUCAAGUGUGAGACUUGCCUGGCUGGGUUCGAGAUGCACUGCGAGAGUUUGAUUCCUACUGGCCUUGGAGUUCCAGGGACAUACCAGGGGUAUAUCACAAGUCCGGCAUCAUAUACCCAAAGGAUUCCGGAUGAGGUGGAUGACUUCACUGCGGCACCGCUCAUGUGCAGUGGCACGACAGUAUACCGAAGUCUGAUUGCAGCUGAACUAAAAACUGAUGACUGGGUGGUGAUAUCUGGUGCCGGUGGUGGUGUCGGCCAUUUCGGUAUACAACUUGCCAAAGUGAUGGGGUUACGUGUCAUUGCAGUCGACAGCGGCGCGGCCAAGAAGUCUCUAUGCCAGGAACUUGGAUCUGAUGCAUUUGUUGAUUUCAAAGAGGUCGAGAGUGUGCCCAAGGAGGUUCUCAAACUCGCUGGGGGCAAAGGAGCUCACGCGAUUCUCGUCGCGUCUGGUUCUGCCCAAGCUUAUCAAACUGCUAUCCAUAUGGUGAGGUUUGGCGGAAAGAUUAUGUGUAUUGGACAUCCUCCGCCAGGCUCGCUUCCAUCGGGACUGGAUCCCAAUUUACUCAUAUUAAAGAGCGCUCGGGCCAUUGGAACUAUGAUUGGAAAUAUGGCAGAUGCCCAGAAAGUACUUGAAUUCGCUGCCCAGGGCCAGCUGAGAGUUGCCUAUGAAAGCUUCCCAAUUAAUCAACUUCCGCAGGCGGUGGCGAAACUUCAUGCUGGCGAAGUUGCGGGAAGGCUUGUGGUUGAUUUUAAUGUCUAG